GAUAAAGAGUCUAAGCGACCAACUUUCUGCGCCUGCCCACGACCACGACCACGGUCAACCUUACGAAUUCGAGAGUUUUUGACCUAAUACCGCAAUGGAUGAAGAAUACGACGUCGUCGUUCUUGGUACCGGUCUGACUGAAUGCAUCCUCUCUGGGCUGCUUUCGAAAGAGGGAAAGAAGGUCCUGCAUAUGGACAGGAAUGACUACUACGGCGGUGACAGUGCUAGCUUGAAUUUGACUCAGCUGUACCGAAAAUUCCGCCCUGGUCAAGAGCCUCCUUCUGAACUCGGUCGUGACCGCGACUACGCCGUCGAUCUAAUUCCCAAAUUCAUCAUUGCUUCUGGAGAAAUGACCCAAAUUCUUGUUCACACCGAUGUCACCCGCUAUCUUGAGUUUAAGCAGAUUGCUGGAAGUUUUGUGUAUCGCGAUGGAAAGAUCUCCAAAGUUCCAAGCACAGAAAUGGAGGCUGUGAGGAGCCCUCUGAUGGGUUUGUUCGAAAAACGACGAGCGAAGAAAUUCUUUGAAUUCCUCCAGAAUUGGAAGGACGAAGAUCCUGCCACUCAUCAAGGCAUCGAUCUCGACAAGGACAGCAUGAAGACCGUAUACGAAAAAUUCGGUUUGGAGCCUGGUACUCAGGAUUUCGUUGGACAUGCCAUGGCUCUUUACCUAGAUGAUGACUAUAUAACUAAACCGGCCCGAGCGGCUUACAACCGCAUAGUGCUCUAUACCUCUUCCAUGGCACGUUACGGAAAAUCUCCCUACAUAUAUCCUCUUUAUGGUCUUGGAGAACUCCCCCAAUCGUUUGCUCGGCUGAGUGCCAUCUACGGUGGCACUUACAUGCUCGACAAGCCCAUCGAUGAAAUCGUAACCGAUGACCAGGGUAAAUUUGUUGGUGUCCGGAGCGGUGGAGAGACUGUCAAGGCCAAGCAGGUUAUUGGUGAUCCAAGUUACUUCGGGGCUGGCAAACAAACAGAUGGCAAGUUACGAGUUGUUGAAGAAAGCAAAGUCAUCCGUGCUAUUUGCGUGCUCAAACAUCCUAUUCCCGAGACCGACGAUUCUGACAGUUGCCAAAUCAUCAUUCCCCAGAAUCAGGUUGGACGCCGAAACGAUAUAUACAUUGCGAUGGUGUCAUCAACCCACAAUGUUUGCGCCAAAGGAAUUCACAUUGCAAUUGUAUCGACGAUUGUUGAGACUGACAAACCUGAACUUGAAAUCGCGCCUGGGCUCAAGCUUCUAGGAACUAUUCACGACAAAUUUGUUUCCAUCACUCCGGUCUACACUCCAACCACCACUGGACAAGAUGACAACAUUUUCAUAACCCAGUCCUACGAUGCCACAUCCCACUUUGAAACUGUGGUGGAGGAUGUACAAGAUGUUUGGAAGCGUGUUACUGGUUCUGAUUUGGUGUUGAAGAAGCAAGAGGUUGAAGUGCAACAGUAGCGACGUCGAAAUGCAGUUUAUCUUUCUCUUUCUCAUAUGUAGUUCGGAUUUACAAUAAUACAACAAAAACAGUACAAUUGAUCUCGUUCGAUAU